UCCCCAGUACUACAGCUAUGUCUAUCCAUUCCCAUUUCUUGAUACUUUUGCUAGCUUUGUUGUCGCUUGGAUCGUACACCAUCAGAGGCCAAGGUCAUGGAUUCUAUAUAAAAGAAGCAAGUGUGGAUGAUCUUCACACUGCUUUCCUUCAAAACAAGCUCACCUCAAGACAACUGGUUGAGUUUUACCUUGGCGAGAUCUUUAGACUGAGUCCACUUCUUCAUGGGGUAAUAGAGGUGAACCCGGAUGCUCUCUACCAAGCUGAUAAGGCAGACAGGGAGCGGAAGGCUAAGUCCCCUGUGUCGCGGUCUGUUCUUCAUGGUAUUCCUAUUUUGCUCAAGGAUAACAUUGGAACCAAGGAUAAGCUAAACACGACUGCAGGGUCAUUUGCACUGCUAAAAUCAGUGGUACCUCGAGAUGCAGGUGUGGUGAUGAAGUUGAGGAAGGCUGGGGCUAUCAUACUGGGAAAGGCUAGCCUGAGCGAGUGGGCUAAUUUUCGGUCCCUAAAUGCACCACCUGGUUGGAGUGCCAGAGGUGGCCAAGGCCUGAACCCUUAUGUUCUAUCAGCAACGCCUUGUGGCUCUAGCAGUGGUUCAGCUAUAUCAGUAGCAGCAAAUUUGGUAGCAGUGUCACUGGGGACCGAAACCGAUGGUUCCAUCCUAUGUCCAGCCAGUUUUAAUUCAGUAGUGGGCAUCAAACCAACCGUUGGUCUUACUAGCCAAGCUGGGGUUGUUCCCGUCUCUCCUAGACAGGACACCAUUGGGCCUAUCUGUAGGACAGUGUUGGAUGCAGUUCAGGUACUGGAUGCCAUUGUAGGUUUCGACUACAACGAUGCUGAAGCAACCAGAGAAGCAUCAAAGUACAUACCAUAUGGUGGGUAUAAGCAAUUUCUCAAGCCAUAUGGGCUCAAAGGGAAGAGACUGGGAAUAGUGAGGAAUCCUUUCUUCACUACAGGCAGUGGAGCUGCCCUUACUCAAGCUUUUGAGCACCAUUUCUACACAUUAAGGCAUGAAGGAGCAGUUUUGGUAGAUGAUUUGGAAAUAGCCAAUAUCAAUGUUGUCUUAAAUGCCACUUCAAGUGGAGAAGCAACAGCAUUGGUGGCUGAGUUCAAGCUAUCAUUGAAUUCCUAUCUAAAAGAUCUGGUGGCAUCUCCAGUCCGAUCUCUGGCAGAUGUCAUAGCCUUCAACCAGAAAUUCUCAGAUUUGGAAAUGAUCAAGGAGUUUGGACAAGACAUCUUUCUGGCAGCCCAGGCCACAAAUGGAAUUGGUGACGUAGAGAAGAAAGCUUUGUCGAAUUUAGCAAGACUGUCUAGGGAUGGAUUCGAGAAAUUGAUGAUAGAGAAUAAGCUAGAUGCAUUGGUGACUCCUGGUGCAGAUAUUGCUCCAGUUCUUGCCAUAGGGGGGUUCCCAGGAAUUAGCGUCCCUGCUGGAUAUGAUUACAAAGGGGUGCCCUUUGGCAUUUGUUUUGGGGGCCUAAAGGGCUCAGAGCCGAAGCUGAUCGAGAUCGCAUAUGGCUUUGAGCAAGCUACUAAGAUUAGGAAGCCUCCUUCAUUUAAACCUUGAAGGUUUAACAGAGUUCCCUUUGUAGUUUCACUACUUGUUCCAACAUCAAGAGAUCAUCAAAUAAGAUCAAAGACUCUUUGAAGAUUGCUGGUAUUUUGGAAUGGAAUACAGAGAAAAUACUGGAGAAGAAACUCAUAGCCAAGGAAGAUCUUCAGCUGUAAGAUUUAAUUCUGCAUUUAGACAGCUCUAUUCCUGCAAUAUAAUAUACAUUAACUCCUGUUUUGGAGCACUAAUGAAACCGG